ACAUCGAUUGUCCUUGUCUAGUCUCAGAAGACGGAAGAAUCAUGGACAGGAAUCCUUAACCAAUAUUUCCAAAUACAGCAACAUCACCUAACUGUUAGCCCCCCUUCUUUUUCCUCCUCAUAAAGAGCCCCAAAAGAGUUUCUUUCUCAUUCACUCUCCACCCAUUUACUAAAUCAAAACAGCUACUACUAUUUCUUCGACACCCCAUAAAUCAAAACAAGAAAAGAUUCUAUCUUUUUAAUCUUUGGACACCCAAAGAACGUUGGAUUUUAGUUAUAGUUAAUAGCUAUUUAUUAACAUGAGUUUAGGAUUCAAGAAUUCCCUAUUUUUUGGCCAGUUCAAUACUGUCCAGUUAGGGAGUUCCAAAUCCAGAAGCCAAAAACAUAGGAUUCUGUCUAUAGAACCUGUCCGAACCUCAGUUUUCGAUGGUUAUAUUGUACCCAGAAACAUAAAAGGCAAAAUUGACAAUCUUGGUAGAGUAAAGUUGAAUAAGGACUUUGUUUUGAGGUCAAAGUCAGUGUUGACUGUGGAUAAAGAGUUGGAUGUUGAUGGGAAUGGAGGAUUGGGUAGAGAGAGGAGCAAUUAUGAUGCAAUUGUUAUUGGGUCUGGUAUCGGUGGGUUGGUUGCUGCUACACAGUUGGCAGUGAAGGGAGCUAAAGUUUUGGUCUUGGAGAAGUAUGUGAUUCCUGGUGGGAGUUCUGGGUAUUAUGAGAGGGAUGGAUAUACUUUUGAUGUUGGCUCUUCUGUUAUGUUUGGUUUCAGUGAUAAGGGCAACCUAAAUUUGAUAACACAGGCAUUGGCAGCAGUUGGCUGUGAAAUGGAGGUGAUUCCUGACCCAACUACUGUCCAUUUUCAUCUACCCAAUGACCUUUCUGUUCAAGUUCACAGAGAGUACACCGACUUCAUCUCAGAACUUGCUGCUAAAUUUCCCCAUGAAAAGGAUGGGAUCCUUAAAUUCUACGGUGAAUGCUGGAAGAUAUUCAAUGCCUUGAACUCUCUGGAACUGAAGUCACUUGAGGAGCCAAUCUACCUGUUUGGACAAUUUUUUCAGAAACCUCUUGAAUGCUUGACGCUGGCUUAUUAUCUACCUCAAAAUGCUGGAGAUAUUGCUCGAAAGUACAUGAAGGAUCCUCAGUUAUUGUCUUUCAUUGAUGCAGAGUGUUUCAUAGUGAGCACAGUCAAUGCUUUGCAGACUCCAAUGAUCAAUGCGGCCAUGGUUCUAUGUGAUAGGCAUUUUGGAGGGAUCAAUUACCCUGUUGGUGGGGUUGGUGGAAUUGCGAAGUCCUUAUCAAAAGGUCUGGUUGAUCAGGGAAGUGAAAUACUUUACAGGGCAAAUGUGACCAACAUCAUUCUUGAGCAUGGAAAGGCUGUAGGAGUAAGGCUUUCAGAUGGAAGGGAGUUCUUUGGAAAAACCAUAAUCUCAAAUGCUACUAGAUGGGAUACCUUCGGGAAGUUGUUAAAAGGAGAAACCCUUCCAAAAGAAGAAGAAAAUUUCCAAAAAGUUUAUGUUAAGGCUCCAUCUUUUCUUUCCAUUCACAUGGGUGUUAAAGCCGAGGUUCUACCAUCAGAUACAGAUUGCCACCACUUUGUGCUUGAGGAUGACUGGGCAAGAUUAGAGGAGCCUUAUGGAAGCAUAUUUCUAAGCAUUCCAACUAUUCUUGAUUCGUCAUUGGCUCCGGAAGGCCAUCAUAUACUUCACAUAUUUACAACGUCUUCCAUUGAAGACUGGGAGGGACUCUCGACAAAGGACUAUGAGGCCAAGAAGAAGGUUGUGGCUGAUGAGAUUAUAAGCAGAUUGGAGAAGAAACUUUUUCCAGGGAUCAGAUCAUCAAUUGCUUUCAUGGAGGUGGGUUCACCCAAGACACACAGGCGGUACCUGGCUCGUGAUAAGGGUACUUAUGGACCAAUGCCACGCAGAACUCCUAAAGGUUUAUUGGGAAUGCCAUUCAAUACGACAGCUGUAGAUGGUCUUUACUGUGUUGGUGAUAGCUGCUUUCCAGGACAGGGUGUGAUAGCUGUAGCUUUUUCAGGAGUAAUGUGUGCUCAUCGAGUAGCUGCUGAUAUUGGCAUUGAGAAAAAGUCUCCUGUACUGGAUGCUGCUCUCCUUCGGCUUCUUGGCUGGUUAAGGACCUUGGCAUGAGAACAGGGAAAAGAAUAACGUUACCCACAUCAUGGCAUUUUUACCCGUAAAAACACAGGUCAAUAAUCAAUUACUGAGUGGAAAUAACCUAUAAGAGGUUAAAGCUAAGUAAAAUUGCCAACAGGCUUGUCACAAAGCUUGUUGGUCGAAUCACCGCAGGUAAUUCUCGUUCCUUAGGCUGGAUCAAUCUUACAGAGCUGUUGAGGGAUGAAUAUGUAAGAUUUUUGCUCUUCGUUUUUCCCUCUCAAUUUGGUGUCUGAUUAGAAAUUACUGGUGGGUCUAUCUGUGUAUUUGGCGGUUACUGUUGGGAAUUUUCUUUUGUGGAAUACAGUAAUAAAGUUCCAUCAAAUCAUAUGCCUUACCAUGUUUUUCA